AUGUCUCGAUCCUCUGAAUGUGAUCAAUCAAACCAGCGAUCAGCCAGCGAUCGUGAGAAAUUCGUUCUUGUUGCUUUGGCUUUUGUGGCUUGCGCCUAUGCUGAUGUCUCCGAAUUGGGCUACAACUAUCCCCAACCAGCUCCCGUUGCUCCCCAAAAAUCCUACAUUCCUCCAGCACCACCAGCUCCCGUAGAACAACCCCACAACUCUUACAUUCCCCCACCACCACCAGCUCCCGUUGAACAACCCCAAAACACCUACAUUCCUCCAGCUGCCCCAGCACCCGUAAUUGUUGAACAACCCCAAAACACUUACAUUCCCCCAGCAGCUGAAUCUCAUGUAGAAUCUCUCGCUGAAGAUGGUUACCGUUACAAGACUGUGCGUCGCGUUGUCUACAAGCACCGUGCUUAAGUCAAGAAUGAAUUUCAUGACUUGUUGUUAAAAAUAAAAUGUUGUUGAAAUAAAAAAAGUAUUAUAAAUAAAUUUAAAACAUAGAAAAACAAAUAA